AUGCACGACGCCGACCGCGCCAGCGCGCUGCUGCUCCAGCUCGUCCCGGCCGCCGUGUGGCGGGCGGAGCGGGCGCUCCUGCGGGGUGAGGUGAGCGAGCCCGUCCUGCGGUCGCUGCUCGAGUUCCACCAGUCGACGGCGGAGCCGCUGUGCCGCGUGUUUGCCUACGCGCUUCCAAGCGAGGCUGCGCUGCGGGCGGUGGCGCGGCACGCGCGGCACGGCCUCGUCGAGUGCGCGGGGAGCGGCCUCUGGGCGGCGCUGCUCCGCAGGCGUGGCGUCGCCGUCGCCGCCUACGACGCCGUGCCGUGGGUGUGCGAGGCUGGCUUUGGCGAGGUGCAGCGCGGCGGCCCCGAGCGGGUGGGCCGCCAUGCGGACGCGUCUCUGCUGCUCUGCUGGCCGCCGCUCGAGGCCUCCGCCUCCGGCAGCAACACGAUGGGCGUCCGAGCGCUGCGCGCCAUGACGGGCAGAGGCGCGCUCCGCCCGAGCUGUGGCGCGCUUCUGUACGUCGGCGAGUGGCGCGGCGCCGUCGGCGUCCUCUCUUCGCUGGCGCCUUCCACCGCCGACCACGGGAUGGUUGGCGGGCCGCAGCUGCAGGCCGAGGUGGAGCGGCACUGGCGGCUCGCCGAGUCCGUCGCCCUGCCCCGCUGGCCAGGCGUGGGGAGCCCGCAGGCGGGGCACCGCCUCUACGUCUUUACUCGCCGCCAGCCACCGCCCGAGCCCGCGGAGGAGGAUGCAGACGCCGCCGCCCCCGCCGCCCCCCCGCCCCCGCCGCCGCCGCCGCCGCCGCCACCGCCGCCGCCUCCGCCGCCGCCUCCGCCGCCGCCUCCGCCGCCGCCGCCGCCUCCGCCGCCCACUCAGCGACAGCCGCCGCCCGUUUCGGAUGGCUACGCCGCCCGGCGCGAGAGGCUCUCUCGGCUGCAGGGUGAAGUGGACGCGCCUGGCCGGGAGUGGGCGUGGCUCAUCGCCAGCCUGCUGUGGGAAGAAGCUUGCCGCCCAGAGGAGAUUUGA